AGGUGGGUUCAAAUGGGAGGUGGGGGGGUGCAGUCCAAUUAAAGGGCGGUGUGGAAGAGGCACCUCGUGUGUCAUGCAUACAUUAGCGGGGGUCUUGAGGGACCCGGGGAGGCUCUACCCAGAGAGUGUCAUCACAAAUUACCAGGAGAAGGCUCUGCGGCGCUCACUGUCUCUCCUGCUUUUGGCAGCAGCGAAGGCGCCGCACGCCCGCCGCCGCCGCCUCCAUCACAUCUCUGCUGCAACCCCCCCUCCUCCUCCCUCAUCCACCCCCUCCUCUCAGAGCUCCUCUCUUUAUCUUCUCCAGCUGUACUCUGCCAUCUCCUUCCUCACUUUCACUUCUUGGCGGCAAAAAGAAAAUAAUGGAUCUAUAAUCCGACUUUUCCCGGCAAACUUUUUUUUUUGCAGGUAGUCUUUUUUUUUCUCUUAUUCGUCCUCCCUUCUUCUGUAUUUUUCCUCUAAUGGCAAGACUCGCUCUUCGUGGUCUAACUAAGACGUGAUGCUUCAGGAUUUAAGCGCCAGUGUCCUGUUUCCGCCGUGUCUCCAGCACCGAACUUUUGCUCAAGUUCCCGACAACGAUGAGCAGUUUGUUCCGGACUUCCAGACCGAAAACUGUGAUGGCGUUCCACGGACUGCAGCUGAAGAUCAAGCGGGAGCUGCACAGCCCGUGCUCCGAGCUGAGCUCCACCUGCAGUCAGGAGCGGCCCUUCAAGCUCCAGUAUGGAGAGAAGGGCCCCUACAGCAUCAGUGCCUAUGAGCAGAAGCAGCUUGCAGGAAUGAAGCCCUCCAGCCCGGUGACGCCCCCCAGCAGCACCCCCGUGUCCCCCAUCCACCAUGGCUCCCCGACGGCAGCGCCGACUCCUAAAGCGGACCGGACGUUCGGCCACAUGGCGCCCUCGCAGCCGCUGUCGGACGGCGCCUACUCUCUGGACCACAGGUUUCGCCGUCAGCUCUCCGAGCCGUGCCACUCUUUUCCCUCCCCGCCGUCGAUGGCUCGGGACAGCCGGCCCAUCUACCACCGGCAGAUGUCGGAGCCAAACAUCCCCUUCCCUCCGCAGGGCUUCAAGCAGGAGUACCCCGACCCCCUCUUUGAGCACCCCGCCAUGAUGGGAGCGCCGCUGCCCCACGGAUACCCCGCCGGCAUGAUGAUCAAGCAGGAGCCCAGAGACUUCACCUACGACUCAGAAGUGCCGAGCUGCCAUUCUGUCUACUUACGGCAAGACGGCUACCUGGCUCACUCUAACCGGACUGAAGGCUGUAUGUUUGACAAAGUGGCGCGGCAUUUCUACGAUGACACCUGCGUGGUGCCUGAGAAGGUUGAAGCAGGCGACAUCAAGCAGGAGUCGGGCCUGUUCCGGGAGGGCCCGUCGUACCAGCGCAGAGGCUCCCUGCAGCUCUGGCAGUUCCUGGUGGCCCUGCUGGACGAUCCAUCAAACUCCCACUUCAUCGCCUGGACGGGCCGCGGCAUGGAGUUUAAACUCAUCGAGCCAGAAGAGGUCGCUCGCCGCUGGGGCAUCCAGAAGAAUCGUCCGGCGAUGAACUACGACAAACUCAGCAGAUCGUUGCGUUACUACUACGAGAAAGGAAUCAUGCAAAAGGUGGCAGGUGAAAGAUACGUCUACAAGUUCGUGUGCGACCCCGAGGCCCUGUUCUCCAUGGCGUUCCCCGACAAUCAGCGUCCGGUGCUGAAGACGGACGUGGAGCGGCAAAUCAACGAGGAGGACACCGUGCCGCUGUCGCACUUUGAUGAGAACAUGGCCUACGUGCAGGAGGGGCCCUACUGCCAGCCACACCCCUACAGCGAAGGCUACGUUUAUUAACGUCCGCUUUCCAGCGCGAUCAGACCCAGACGUCCGCUCUGACUCAUUAGACUGAACCCCCCUCACAAGCACAGAGGCACGGCCCCUCUCGUCAGUAUGCCGAACAUUAGCGCAUCCUUUCUUUGGUUCUUCUGUCGGACGUUCAAGCUGCACAGCAGGAUGGAGAGUGCACUUUAUGGACAGGAGUGGGACUGGCUACACGGAUGGCUGUUUAUCAUUGUUAAUGUUCAUCCAUGAACACGGAAAUCAUUCUGUUUUUCUUGAUUUUUUGGUUAAUAUUCCCUUUUAAGCAUGUGAUGCCCGGCUAAGAAAAGAACUGACGGCUAAAAACAAAAGGAUGGAGUUUCUUUUUCCUUUAGUCGGUCUUCUCUGCAUCGUCUCACCGUGGAACUUUUGUGAAUAAAGACAUCGUUAAAGAUUUGGAGAAAUAACUAUGAAAUAAACUCUUCCCUUUGUCCGAUAAGACUUCAAUGUCCCAUGUUUCUGCUGUCCCUGGGUCAUUCGCUCAUAAGCUAACAAACCCCGCGAGUUCUCGACGGAAGCGUGUUCUGCAUCCCAUGUGAACGGCCUGUGUUUGGGAGAAUCAGCAAAGCUGCUGUACAAUAACUCUCACUGUUAACUACAAUUAUUUUAAGUUUGUUUGGGGUUUUUAUUUGCAGGUACGUGCAAUUCAAGUGGAAACUUUCAGGAGAAAUGUUCACAAAUAAAAAGUUAUUUGUUGUUUUCUUCAGGAUUAAUGGAAAAAGAUCCAGCAGUUUUCUUUUGUUCCAGGAGAACAUGAGGUGUACAUUUUGCUUCAAUGUUGAUGCUUUUCAUUUAUGGGAUUCUCUAAAAGAAUAUUUAGAGUUUUUUAAUGUGGUGAAUAAAAAAAGUCCAAUAACAAUAAUAACCUAUUGUAUAAUCAGGCAAAUUCACAUUUUUGUUGCUGCUUUCUGUUGUAAAUGUAUUUUUUAAGGCUAAAGAAAAACACUGAAAAGGAAAAGCAGCUUUGGCUGCGGUUCUGCGUACUUUUCCCUUAUUUUUGUUUGGUUUAAGCAUUAAAAAAAGAAGUCGGGUCUGUGGAGCGUCUUGUCUUUGAGGUUCCUGUGUUCGGGUUGGGAUGGCAACAGGAAAAACAUUCUGUAAUAAAACAAAUCUGAAAAA